UUCCAAUUUUUUUUUAUCUCGCCCUAUUAGGGCUCCACUUUUCUGCUUGCAUUGCAUCUCUCUGCUCGUCAAUCUGCACACUCUCAGUCCUCAGACCAGUGAAACCUGCAAAAUCCCAGUCUUCGAUGGCGGUCGCUUCACCUUGAGCAGUUAGUUUUGCGUUAUCCGCACAGACGUUAGGGCUACGCAUUUACUCCGUGCGUGUCUCCGCAAUUGAGCCGAGCUUGUUCAUCAAGAAGUUUCAGAAUCGCGGGACGCGCGAUUUCGUUGUACAGAACCAGCAACUUACGGUCGAUUGCUGUUUAUCUCGCCCCCUCUUGAUCUGAUUAGACUAUAUCGAGGUAUUUACUGGUGUCUGCUCUUGUUCAUUGGAUUCUUAGGGAUCCGCAUGAGGGUCAGUUCUUUCUUGCUACCGGUGCCAUCCUUUGUGGGAACUAGAGAUUUCUGGCUCUCGUCUGUUUAGGGUUAGUUCAGUUCGUUGUGCUUGAAUUUUGUCCAAUGGAGUCCACCGAGGUCAAAAAGAAGGGUCGAGGAAGACCGAGGAAGCGAAGGCGCGAGGAAGAAAGUGAGAAGAAUGAUAAAAAAACUGGGAGCGCGUUCAAGAAGCGGAUUUCUGACAUGUGGUGUAAGCCACUUCUGGGUAGGUUUGUGUUGAAAGACUUUGAGGGCAAUGGUCUUUUCCUUGGGAAGAUCGUGCAUUAUGAUACGGGAUUGUAUAGGGUUGAGUACGAAGAUGGGGAUUGCGAAGACCUGGACAGUAGUGAACUUCGUAGUAUCAUUUUAGGCGACGAUGACUUUGAUGACGGGCUAGUUGGGAGGAGACAGAGAUUGGAUGAAAUUCUGAUUAAGAAAAGUGAGGCUCGGAAGGAGUUGGAGAAGCAAAUUGCACGUUCCAAGGAUGAAGUGGCCGUGGUUGAAGCACCUCCAUUGGGCGAGAUGAACGGUGUAUGGAAAGCUGGGAAUGAUGUGGAACAGGAAAAUGAUGCAGAUUCCUCGAGUGACUCAUGUGACUAUGCGCAGGAAGGGGAUCUGGGUCUCGAGGAAGAGGUCCCAGUUCUACCCCCUCCAGAACUGCCGCCUUCUUCUGGAAAUGUAGGUGUGCCGGAGGAGUAUGUUUCACAUCUAUUUUCAGUCUAUGCAUUCUUGAGAUCAUUCAAUAUCCAGCUCUUCUUGAGUCCAUUUUCGCUGGACGAUCUGGUGGGGGCAAUUAACUGCCGUGUGCAGAACACAUUGUUGGAUUCCGUUCAUCUUGCUCUGAUGCGUGUGAUAAGACAUCGUCUGGAGACACUUUCUACUGACGGUUUGGAGCUUGCUUCAAAAUGCUUGAGGAUUAUAGACUGGAACUUGCUUGAUUUAUUCACGUGGCCUGUUUUUCUGGUAAAUUAUUUUACAGUAAUGGGAUAUGCAAAGGGCCUUGAAUGGCAAGGAUUUCAUCAGGAUAUUUUGAAAAAGGAGUAUUAUUUGUUAACGGCUGGUAGGAAAUUGAUGAUCUUACAAGUCCUUUGUGAUGAUGUGUUGGACUCCGCAGAGGUAAGAGCAGAAAUUGAUAGUCGUGAAGAAGCAGAAUUUGGAAUAGAUCCUGAUUUAGUUGUAAAUGGUAUUCUGGAAAGUGGACCUAGAAGGGUGCACCCUAGAUUUUCAAAGACUUCUGCUUGCAAGGACACAGGGGUUAUAGGAAGCACCACAGAAAACCAUGGAAAUAAGUCCCCUCAAGAUUCAAGAUGUGUUGGCUUGCGCUCUGAAGAAAAUAAUCCAAAUGCUCAGACUGCUAACUCAGAUGGGAAUAGUGACGACUGCAGAUUGUGCGGCAUGGAUGGAACCCUGCUGUGCUGUGAUGGUUGCCCAGCAGCAUACCAUUCAAGAUGUAUAGGUGUUGGUAAAAUGUACAUACCAGAUGGGCCAUGGUACUGUCCGGAGUGUAUCAUUAACAGAAUAGGACCUUCAGUAACUAUGGGAACGUCGCUUAAAGGAGCAGAAGUUUUUGGCAUUGACUUAUACCAGCAGGUCUUUGUGGGCACUUGCGAUCAUUUGUUGGUGCUCAGAGCUUUUGCUGACAAAGAACAGUGUUUUAGAUAUUAUAGUCAGAAAGACAUCCCAAACGUCCUGCGAGCUCUUUGUGCAUCUGAGCAACAUAGAUCAACGCACUUGGAAAUAUCCAAGCUGAUUGCGCAAUUCUGGAAUAUUCCUCAAAUUGACUUCUGCCCUGAUGAGGUGGUAGAGAAGGAUUUAAAGCCUGCUUUGGUAAAGGAAGAGUUGAAUAUUCCAAGUGUGUCGACUCCUGCAUGGGAGAUCAGUCAGAGAGUUCCUGAUGUUAUUAAGGCUGAAAAUCAAACUAGUUUAAAUGGGAAGAUUUCGGUCUCAUGUGUUGACACUUUGGGAGAGGUGACCACUCCGGCUGAAUUGCAUUGCGCUUUGAGCACUAUCGACACCACAAGAACCUCAGAUUUUGAUUUGGCAAGCACUAAGCUCCCUGAUCAGAUUAAAGUGGAAGGCACCAUAUCAAGUACGCAAGCUGAUCCAUCAGGCGUGACCCACCAAAGUACUACAUCCAACUCGACAAACAGUGACAGUAGUCAUGUUGGGCGAGCAAGUGGCACUUCCUUACCUACCGUUAUGUCUUUCAAGGGAAAGGAUGCCGGUCUUGUGAACUCUGGAAAGGUGGCAAGAUAUGUGGGUGAAAAUGUUCUAUAUGUUGGUGCUUCUUUUAGACCUAAAGCCUACAUAAAUCAUUAUGUGCAUGGUGAUUUUGCGGCUUUGGCAGCUGCUACUCUGGCUGCUCUUUCCCCUGAAGAAACUCGAGCUUCAGAUGUACAUAAGUCAACCGGUGGCAAGAAGGCUAGCACUGAAAUUCUAUUGCAGGUGAAGGCGUUUUCCAAAGUAGCAUCGCGCUUCUUCUGGCCAUCUUCUGAAAAGAAGCUUAUGGAGGUUCCAAGGGAGAGGUGUGGUUGGUGUCAUUCCUGUAAGCUUACCACUAACAGCAGAAGGGGAUGCAUGUUAAAUUCCGCCUGCUUGACUCUGACUAAGGGCGCCAUGAAGAUCAUUAAUAGCUUGCGUCCAACAAUUGCUGGAGACGGAAUUCUUCCUUGUAUCUCAACCUAUAUCAUGUACAUAGGGGAUGUUUUAUCUGGGCUUACAAUUGGUCCCUUCCUGAGUGCAAGUUAUAAAAAAGAGUGGCUUAAGCGAGUUGAAGUUGCUUCAACGUGCAAUGCAAUAAAAGGUCCACUCCUAGAGCUUGAGGAAAAUAUCCGUCGUAUUGCUCUUUCAGGGGACUGGGUUAAGGCUGCGGAUAGUUGGGUGAUUGGGACUUUUAUAGCUGAAAGUGCUGCUACUGAAACUCGCAGUGUCCAGAGACGUGGACCAGCUGGGAAGCGUCACAAGAAACAAUCUGCAUUGGCAGACAGGGAAGUUGACGGUUGUGAUGAUAAGAGUUUUAUCUGGUGGCGAGGUGGAAAUCUCUUAAAGCAUGUGUUCCAUAAUGCAGUUUUGCCUGGGGCUAUGAUAAAAAAAGUUGCCCGUCAAGGGGGUUCAAGAAAAUUUUUAGGUAUCGGUUACACUGAUGAUUCUGAGAUCCCUAGAAGAAAUAGACAACUUGCUUGGAGAGCUGCUGUGGAGGAGUGUAAGAACUCAUCCCAAUUGGCACUUCAGGUAAGGUAUCUGGAUCUGCAUAUAAGAUGGAGUGACCUCAUCCGGCAAGAGUUGAAUCUUCAGGAUAGUAAAGGUCCAGAGACAGAAGCUUCUGUUUUCAGGAAUGCAAUUAUUUGUGAUAAGCAAGCUGAAGAGGAAAAAAUCACUUACGGAGUUGCUUUUGGGAAUCAGAAGCAUCUGCCUUCUAGGAUCAUGAAGAAUGUGGUCAGGGUAGAAAAAAAUGAAGAUGGUAAUGACAAGUACUGGUUUUCUGAAGCAAAUGUACCAUUGCAUCUGAUCAAAGAGUAUGAAGAGAAGAGACAGGAGGUUGCUUUACCACCAGUUAAAAAGCCAAACAAAGCACUGUCUGAGUUACAAAGACAACAACUGAAAGCUUCUCGUAGGAAUAUAUUCUCAUAUCUCGUGUGUCGGAGAGAUAGCUCCGAAAAGUGUUCUUGUGCUUCAUGUCAACUCGAUGUUCCUUUAAGGGAUACAGUUAUCUGCAGUGCUUGCCACGGUUACUGUCACAAGGACUGUACUCUACGUGCAACAACUUACAAAAAUUAUGUGCCUGAGCUCUUCCUCACCUGCAAACGGUGUUGCAAUGCCAGAACACCCUGCAUCCAGUUCAGCAAUAAGUCUCCAACCACUCCCCUCCCUUCGAGAAGUCUGGAAUAUAACAACACAUCGAUUUUCAACCAGGUCACAAAACCCAACAUCCGAAAUCAGCCCUUGGCGGCUGGUAAAAUAAAGGUGAUUAUUAAUUCCCAGAUGAAAACAGAAGCUGGAGUCAAAGUAAAGGUGCCAGAUGUAGCAACUGUUAAAAAACCCAAGGAUGCUGUUCCUCCUAAUAUGCAACAACAAGCUACUUCUGCUUCAAAACCAAGUAAAAAUAGCAGUUGGGGUAUCAUAUGGGCGAAGAACAGAGAUGACACAGGCGUUGCUUUUCGGCGUAACAAAGUUCUUGUUAAGGGCUGUGUAGAUGGUAGCAAGUUGCGCCCUGUUUGCGUGAUGUGCCAAAAAGAAUAUGAUCCUCGUCUCAUGUAUAUUUCUUGUGAAGCUUGCGACAGAUGGUUUCAUGCCGAUGCUGUGGAACUGGAGGAGUCAAAACUUCCUGAACUUGUCGGUUUCAAGUGUUGUAGAUGUCGCCGGAUAAAAAACCGACAGUGCCCUUACAAGGACGACGAUCCUGCUGCAGUGGUUGCUCAGGUCGGCAAAAAGAGGUCUCACAAGAAACUUGCGAAACAAGUAGACCCAGCAGUGGACUCUGACACUACAGACUCCAUUCUUACAACUCCAAUGUUUCUUCCUACUCAGCAGCAACUGGUGAUGCCAAACAGCGAUCCUCUUCUCCCAAAUCUAUCGAAAGUGGAGCAAAUUACACCCGAGCAGAAGCCUGGACUGGUGGAUGGUGAAUGGAGUGCCAAUCUACUGGGCCCACAAAAGCUUCAGGUGAGAAGGCAAACCAAGCACCAUCACGAUGGGGAAUUUACCUCUUCUGCUAUAGAUUUUCAUCCCGAAACAAACAUCUAUGAUCAUCCUAACGAGGAGUACGUCCCUGGCAUGGAGUGGGAUCAUUUGGGGAAUGGUACCGUUGUUGGUGGUGAAGGGGAGUUGAUGUUGAACGAUGACGAUGAAGGUGGUUUUAACUUCGAGGACAUGGAGUUCGAGCCCCAAACCUAUUUCUCCUUCACCGAGUUGCUGGACCAGGACGAGGCUGCUGCUGGUGAAGUUGAUGCGGACCAUCAUCAGGCUGCUGUUGCUGAAGUCGAUGUAGGUGACCAUCAGGCUGAUACUUACCCAUGGGAUGAUUCGGAAGCAGCAAUGGGGUCUGAAAAUCCUUGUUUUAGUACCAUGAUUCCUCCAUGCCAGUUCUGUUCGCUGGCAGAGCCAGCCUCGGAUCUAUAUUGCGAGAUUUGUGGCACAACGAUGCACAGUAGUUGCGCGUUUGUGGCUGAGCUUCCCCCCGAGGAAGAUGGUAAGUGGAGGUGUGGGAGUUGCCGAGAAUGGCGAUAAGGUCGCGUCACGAUCAUUGUUGCGGUUUAUUCGCCAUCAUUUUUUUUUCUUUUUUGAGGGUACUGGGUGUAUAUAGAGCGGGGGAGAUGUCGAAAUCUACUACACAGAUGAGAUUGGGAUCUACUCUCCAAUCACAUUUUUUAUUUCUUUGAAAUUUUUUGGCAAGUCAAAUAUGGUGGAGGAAAAAGGAUUGUUGGAGAAGGGGAGGAGGUUGUAGUAAUGGUUCCAAUGGUGGAAGGUUGCCCUUAUGUCUCAAGAUAAGCUACCGUGUUCCUUUUUCAUUUGGCAUUGUUGUGCUUAUCUGAUUGGAAUGCUACAUCUGUUGAGAAAAA